AUGUCAUCGUUUGGGAAAGUAUUUCACGUUGAGAGACGAUGGAAACUCAUCCGCGAGAUGGGGAGCGGUGCAUAUGGCUAUGUUAUCUCGGCUGUGGAUGAAGUAUCGGGCGAACCGGUUGCUAUUAAGAUGGUGAACCGGGUGACGCAGAAGAUCCAGCUAGCCAAACGGGCCCUCCGCGAACUCACUCUAUUGAGGCACUUUUCGCACGAGAAUAUCACUGGUCUAAUCGACGUAGACAUUUCUCCGAACCACGAUGAGAUACAUGUAGCGGAUUUACAUCAGAUUAUCAAGUCUGGACAGUCCCUGACGGUCGAGCACGUACAAUACUUUGUUUACCAAAUUCUUCGAGGCUUGAAGUAUAUUCACUCGGCCUCAGUAGUUCACCGUGAUCUAAAACCCGGUAACCUGCUUGUCAAUGCCGAUUGCGAGCUGAAGAUUUGCGACUUUGGUUUGAGCCGAGGUUUCAAUGCCGCGAAUGACGAAACUGCGACGAUGAUGACAGAGUAUGUUGCAACACGAUGGUACCGUGCCCCUGAAAUCAUGCUCGCAUAUCGGCGAUAUGACACGGCAGUCGAUAUUUGGGCAACAGGAUGCAUAGUGGCGGAGCUCAUACUCGGCAAGCCGUUAUUCAAGGGAAAGGAGUGA